AUGCCUGUUGGGUAUAGAUUUGUGCCCACUGAUGAAGAGCUGGUCAAGUAUUAUCUGGCUAACAAAGUACUCUACAAACCUCUCCCGGUUAAGAUCAUCCGAGAAAUUGAUGCCCACGACCUCUAUAGCAAACAUCCCAAAUGUUUAGUGGGAAAUGGUACUUUUAAUGAUAAUGAAAGGGAAUGGUUUUUCUUCAUAUACAAAGAUGAAUAUUUUCUUGGGAAAACAAGAUCAACUCGGAUGGUUGGAAAUGGGAUCGGUUCUCCACCACAUGCUAAGAAAACACAUUGGAGAAUGGAAGAAUACAGAUUGCAGACUGAAAUUAAUGGCAGAAAUAAGCAAGAGGAUGGAGUUUGA